CAAUGAACUGGCCCCUUCACAGACAUGAAACAUAAAAGUUGAGAAAGUCUGGGUUGGCAUAGUACAGUUGCAAAACCCUAAACCCCUAAAAUUCACAAUUUCUCCCAAAACCCUCUACGAAAUUAGGGUUCAAUGAUUAAGCUUCUUGGUUCAAAUCCAUGGCGUGGUAAUGCCAUUUCUGGGAGUUCCUCGUGCACUAUUCUGCUCAAUUGAGGCCACCGCCUCCUCUCCACCCCCGUUUGAGCCUUUGUACGUUAGGAUUUCCCGGGCCAGAAAUCCAAGGGUUUCCAUUGUACCGAUUCUCAAUCAGUGGGUCGAUGAAGGGAGAGAUGUCAAGAAAUGGGAGCUCCAGAGGUUCAGUCAAGCUGUUCCGUAAACAUCGCCGCUACAGCCACGCUCUCCAGGUUGUUGACAUGAAAAUUGAUUAUGACAUGAACUCUGAUAAUCCAUAAUCAUUUUCGGAGAAUUGUUAAAUUGUUUUUAGCAAAAGAUAACAUUGUUUCAAUGGACAAGCGGAUAUGAUGACUGCAGAAUGGAUGAGUGAUGCACAGAACCAGUAUCUAACUCCGGGAGACAUUGCGGUUCGGCUAGAUUUGAUCUCAAAAGUCUAUAGCCUACAACAAGCUGAGGCGUACUUUAAUAGCAUCCCAGACCAACUGAGAAACUUCAAGGUGUAUGGUGCUCUUUUAUUCAGCUAUGUAGAGAAUAAAUCUUCAGAAAAGGCUGAGACUAUUUUCGAGAAGAUGAACGAAUUAGGUUAUUUGAAAGGAUCAUUAGUUUAUAAUGCUAUGCUUACCCUCUAUUCUCAGAUAGGUAAACAUGAAAAGCUCGAUAUUCUGGUAAAGGAGAUGGAAGAAAAGGGCAUUGAUUAUGACAGUUAUACAUUGAAGAUUCAAUUGAAUUCGUAUGCAGCCAUUUCUGAGAUAGACAAGUUGGAGAAGGUUUUAAUGAAGAUAGAAGCCGAUCCUUUGGUCAAUGUAGACUGGGAUGGUUAUGUUAUUGCAGCAAAUGGUUUCUUGAAAGCUGGCUUAUUAGAGAAGGCUUCAACAAUGCUUAGGCGAUCAGAGCAACUCAUUGGCAAUCAAACAAAUCAAUUGCAUAUGAAGUCUUCCUCACUUUAUACACUGCUAUUGGGAAUAAAGAUGAGGUUUAUCGUAUUUGGAAUAUAUACAAAAAUAAGGUGGGAUUAUACAAUUCUGGCUAUCUUUGUAUACUAAGUUCAUUAUUAAAGCUGGGUGACAUUGAUAGUGCUGAGACGAUUGUGGAGGAAUGGGAAUCUGUGGCCAAGUUUUUUGACAUACGAAUUCCCAACUUGCUGAUCACUGCAUACUGCAAGAAAGGUCUUUUGGAGAAAGCCCAAUUAUAUAUAAAGCGGCUUGAAGAGAGCGGUAAGGAGCUGGAUGCAGUCGCAUGGACUCGUUUGACAACCGGAUAUCAUAUGGAUGGUCAGAUGGGUAAGGCAGUGGAUACGAUGAAAAAAGCAAUAUUGGUAAGUCGACCUGGAUGGAAGUUCAAUCAUCUAACCUUCGCUGCAUGUCUUGAAUACUUGAAAGAGAAGGGAGACGUGGAAGUAGCAUAAGAGCUUUUGAGAUUAAUUAGAGAAAAGGAUUAUUUUUCAGCUGAUAUGUGUGAUAAAUUAGAUAAGUAUAUUACUGGUGAACCUCCUAAGAGAGAUGAGGAAGUAUCAGAGGAACUUUCGAGAUUAUUGGAAGCGAGUGAUCAUCUUACAUUCGAUUCGUACGAUAAAGUAGGAGAUUACACAUAUGAUGAAUCUCAGGUUAUGGCUUUGAUAAAGUGAAAGAGGAUAGUAAUCUGGGAGGAUUUGAGAAAAUCAAAUAUUGUGGAAAGGGGUUGAUAGCACCAUUUUUCAAUCUGUAGAAGGGUUUGUUUUGUUCCAUAACCACCAAAAGGUGAUCCAUGCUAUAUUUUUUUUCAGCAGAACUGAAGGAAGGUUGGUUCUCUUUCGUGUUAUCGUUGUAUUUCAGGAGGAUUGAGUACGUUUGUACAGAUUUUCAUUUAAUCUGCGAAAAUUUUAAAUGAGUUGACAAUUCAAGAACAAUGCGAAAGAGGAAAUGAACUGUGGAUUGUUCUUUUCUUCAUUGCUCGUUGGUCA